AAAUGAACGCAUUAUCGGUGUUAAGAGUGGGAUAUUUAUCGGAAACCACGACACUUGUAGAACAGGUGAUAAUUCUAGUUGAAACUCCUCAGAAUAUUUACUAAUGCUUCAUGUAAUUCCAUUAAGCAAAGAUUAGAUAAGUAUGGUGUGAAACUACAUUCUUCGAGUAACCAAUUGAAAGGUAGAAUACUUGCAAAAAGUUAUAAAAACAAAAGCGUGUGAAUGCAGACAUUAACCCAGAUCAAAACUGUCCUCUCCUUCGUUGGUGAGAGCUUAGCACUGAAGUCAUUUGCUCAGUGCAUGGAGAAGCAGUACACAAUGAGCAAGAACGAGGCAGCAAUAAAAGGACUGGGAUUGGGCAUGUUUCAAAUGGUAACAUUCUGUUCCUGGGCAUUGAUUGCAUGGGUGGGAGCAGUUACAGUUAAAGCAAAUCGAUCUCAGGGAGGUGAAACCUUAGCAGCUGUCAUGAGUAUUCUCUUUGGAGCCAUAUCAAUCACUUACGCAGCGCCAGAUUUUCAAAUCUUCAACCAGGCAAGAGCAGCAGGAAAUGAAGUAUCUCAGGUGAUAGAAAGGAAGCCGGUCAUAAGCUAUGAAAUGAAAGGAGAGAUUCUAGAUAAGGUUAAUGGAGACAUAGAAAUAAGAAAUGUGUACUUCUCAUAUCCAUCGCGUCAGGAUAAGCUUAUACUUCAGGGGUUCUCGCUGACUAUACCAGCAGGCAAAGUGGUUGCUUUGGUUGGAAGUAGCGGGUGUGGGAAGAGCACCAUAAUUUCCUUAGUGCAAAGGUUCUAUGAUCCAACUGAAGGUGCUGUUCUCAUUGAUGGUCUCAACAUCAGGGACCUUGAUCUGAAAUUUCUCCGAAGAAAUAUAGCAGCAGUUUCGCAAGAGCCGUCGCUUUUCUCAGGUACUAUCAAGGAUAACCUUAAGGUGGGAAACCUGGAAGCAAAUGAUGAAGAGAUAAUUCAGGCAGCAUCAACAGCCAAUGUCCACUCAUUCAUAUCCCAACUUCCAAAUCAAUAUUCCACAGAGGUAGGUGAGAGAGGGGUACAGAUUUCAGGUGGACAAAAACAGAGGAUAGCCAUAGCAAGAGCCAUUCUUAAAGAUCCUCCCAUUCUUCUCCUCGAUGAGGCAACCAGUGCACUAGAUUCAGAAUCUGAGAAGCUAGUUCAAGGUGCACUCGAGAAGGCAAUGCAAGGGAGAACUGUGAUUCUGAUUGCGCAUAGAAUGUCAACAGUUGUGACUUCUGAUAUCAUUGUUGUUGUAGAGAAUGGAAAGGUGGCACAAGCAGGGAGCCAUAACGAACUGCUAGAAGGCAGUAAAUUCUACAGCAGUUUGUUUAGCAUGCACAACAUGGAGGCUGGAGAAAAUGAAGAUACUAGAGAUAUAGGAACAAGGCAAGUGCAAAUACCAAGCAACAACAACAUUAUUAUGGAGAUUUCUGAGCUCCAUGAACAAUCCAAGGAACUGCAGUGCCAGUUGGGUAGUCCUACAAAGAAAGAGAUGCAUAAAACAAAAAGAAAAGAGGUUCCAUUCCUCAGAAUCUGGUUUGGGUUGAAGAACGCUGAUUUUGGAAAAACUAUUUUGGGUUCUUUUGCAGCAGCUAUCUCUGGUAUUUCAAAACCACUGUUUGGGUUUUUCAUCAUGACAAUAGGAAUUGCAUAUUACAAGCCAGACGCAACAAGGAGAGUAGGCUGGUAUUCACUUAUGUUCACUGGAGUUGGAUUUCUUACAUUAGUCACCCAUGCAGUGCAACAUUAUUUCUAUGGUAUAGUUGGGGAAAAGGCCAUGAGAAACCUCAGGGAGGCUCUUUUUUCAGGUAUACUUCGAAAUGAGAUAGCUUGGUUUGAAAAACCUGAGAAUAGUGUGGGAUUCCUUACUUCACAUAUUGUCACCGAUACCUCCAUGAUCAAGACCAUUAUAUCUGAUAAGAUGUCAGUUAUAGUCCAAUGCAUCUCCUCCAUUCUAAUAGCAACCACUGUCAGUAUGAUUGUUGACUGGAGAAUGGGCCUUGUUGCUUGGGCAGUUAUGCCUUGUCAUUUUAUUGGUGGUCUAAUACAUGCAAAAUCAGCCAAAGGGUUCUCAGGUGACUCUGCGGUAGCUCACCGAGAAAUUGUUUCCCUUACAUCAGAGUCAGCAAGCAAUAUUAGGACCGUGGCAUCCUUUGUCCACGAAGAACAUAUACUAAAGAAAGCCAAGCUUGCUCUACGAAAUCCUAUGAAGGCUAAAAGGAUAGAGAGUAUCAAGUAUGGGAUUGUACAAGGGGUGUCACUAUGCUUAUGGAAUAUUGCACAUGCCAUCGCCCUAUGGUACACCACAGUUUUGGUUGAUAAGAAGCAAUCGACAUUUGAGAAUGGAAUUAGAUCUUACCAGAUUUUCUCACUUACUGUUCCUUCAAUCACUGAGCUAUGGACUUUGAUCCCCAUGGUUGUCUCUGCUAUCAGCAUACUGACACCAGCUUAUCAGAUCCUUGACCGCGAAACUGAAAUUGUGCCAGAUAAGCCGGAUGCUACAGAUUCUGAAAGGAUCGAAGGAAAAAUUGAAUUCAAAGAUAUCUGUUUCAACUAUCCGUCAAGGCCAGAAGUAGUUAUACUAAAUAAAUUCAGUUUAACAAUAGAUUCUGGUCUGAGGGUGGCCCUUGUUGGGCCUAGUGGAGCAGGGAAGUCCUCUGUUUUGGCACUACUUUUAAGGUUCUAUGAUCCUUGUGCAGGACAAAUUUUCAUAGACAUGAAGGACAUAAAGGAUUACAAUCUGAGAUGGUUAAGAAAACAAAUAGGGUUUGUGCAGCAAGAGCCCCUCCUUUUUAGUUCCUCAAUUAGAGACAAUAUCUGCUAUGGCAAUGAAAGCGCUUCAGAAGCUGAAGUAGUUGAGGCCUCCAUAGAAGCAAACAUUCACGAGUUUGUAAGUAAUUUGCCAAAGGGGUAUGACACCAUGGUGGGAGAAAAGGGUUGCCAACUUUCUGGUGGGCAAAAGCAGAGAAUAGCCAUUGCGAGGGUACUACUAAAGAAGCCAGCAAUUCUGCUGCUAGAUGAAGCUACCAGUGCACUUGAUGGAGAAUCUGAAAAAGCUGUCAUGAGAGCUUUAGGAUCAGGUAAAGGAAGAAAGUUUGGUGGGCCACUGUUCAAAGCCACUCAAAUAACUGUUGCACAUAGGCUUAGCACAGUAAUUAAUUCAGAUAUAAUAGUGGUGAUGGAUAAGGGCCAGGUGGUUGAAAAGGGUAACCAUCCAGCUUUGAUAUCAACAAUUGAUGGUGUUUAUUCAAGAUUAUUCCAUCUGCAAAGCCAGAUGGAAGGUUAAUCGACCUCUUGUAUUGCUAUACUGUAGUAUAAGAAUUGCAGAGUUCCAGGAUAUAAAAUGAAGGUAUAUUGUUGCUAUUUUUUAUAGAAGCAUAAUAGAGGAAAGGAUAUUAGGUUAUCCGAUUUGGCAUAUGAAAAGAAGCUAAAAUUUCGUCAUAAUUUAUACUGUGUAUAAUUAACUAGUAUUAGUUAUUCAGAUAAAUCAACAGAGUUAGCCUCCUGUAACUAUAAAAAUUGAAAUAAAUAUUAUCAGUAGUUCUAAGCUGUUUCAGCAUGGUUCUUGUUGGAUAAUUUUUACUUCCCAUAAACCAGGCAUA